AUGCACGCCGCCACGAGGCUCUUCCCACCCCUGGUUCGCAAUCAUUGUCGAAACACAAUUCGCUAUGCUAGCACUACUACUGGACGUGAAAGUCAGAUGAUGCGCCUGCCAGACGGUCGUACUUUAGGAUUUGCUGAGCAUGGUCGAUCCGGGGAUUACCCCAGCUCGCGCCUCGAGACCCUAGGCAUCGAUGAUAUAGCCCAGCGCCACAAGAUUCACAUGUCCGUUGAUCUACCUUUUCACGCCUUUUCAAAGGUCUUUUCGAAGGUCUAUCUAAAGUUAUUCUGA